UCGGAGUUGAUAAUAGGAGUCUUUGCAAACUAUUUUGUUGCACUCGUGUUCUGCAAAACUGAUAUGAUGGAAGUUACGCUUUGAGCUGUCUUGUGAGAAAAAAAAACACUUCCAGAAAGAAGAAUUAUCGUAAAAAGUAGGCCGGCAUACCGUUGGAAAGGGAGCCUAUCGUUUUUGCAGACUGAGGAAAAAAACUGAACUUAUAGGGGCUUGUAUCUGUAUGCACAUCGAGGUACCAUGGCGGUGUCUGCAGCGGUGUGAGAGAUAACAACCUCCGCUAUAAGAGCUGAGAUGAGGGCCCUGGCUGUAUGACAUGUACAGUGAACUGGAACAAUGGCUGAUCCGAACUCACUGUCUGUCCCCCCAUAAUCCUGGAUAUUGUGUCUCGCCGUUUUCGACUACUUCGCGUUGCCUGGAAAUAACAUGGGGAUUUGCGGUUUCUGGAAAUAGUGUGGAAGGCCUACAGACACUCGCGCUCCUUUUCAGACGUAAACCAGACGCCGUUCGAGAAUAUUACAGUUUCAACACGUUGGAUAGGAUGGGCACGAAAUGAUAUAGACUAUUAAACACUUUUCUCCAGACUUUUGGUGGUGGCUAAUUUCACUCGAAAGGCCAACUCGGAAAACGAAGACCUUUCACAAUGAAAGAAAAAUCGAAGAAUGCCGCUCGGACUCGAAGAGAAAAGGAAAAUAGUGAAUUCUAUGAGCUAGCUAAAUUGUUGCCUUUGCCCUCAGCUAUCACUUCUCAGCUUGAUAAAGCUUCAAUUAUUAGACUCACAACAAGCUACUUGAAAAUGAGAAUUGUUUUUCCUGAAGGUCUAGGAGAGUCUUGGGGUCACGUGAGCCGGACCAGCUCCCUGGACAACGUGGGGCGCGAGCUUGGAUCUCAUCUUUUACAGACGCUGGACGGUUUCAUCUUUGUCGUCGCUCCUGAUGGCAAAAUAAUGUACAUAUCUGAAACUGCGUCAGUCCAUUUAGGCUUGUCACAGGUAGAGUUGACGGGAAACAGCAUAUUUGAAUACAUACACCCAGCUGACCAUGACGAAAUGACGGCCGUUCUCACGGCUCACCAGCCCUACCAUUCGCACUGUGUUCAAGAGUACGAAAUGGAACGCUCGUUUUUCUUGCGCAUGAAAUGCGUCCUCGCGAAGAGGAACGCCGGGCUUACCUGUGGAGGAUACAAGGUGAUUCACUGCAGCGGCUACCUGAAGAUCCGGCAGUACAGCCUGGACAUGUCUCUGUUCGACGGCUGCUACCAGAACGUGGGCCUGGUGGCGGUGGGCCACUCCCUCCCCCCCAGCGCCGUCACCGAGAUCAAGCUGCACAGCAACAUGUUCAUGUUCAGAGCCAGCCUGGAUAUGAAGCUAAUCUUCCUGGACUCCAGGGUGUCAGAACUGACAGGCUAUGAGCCCCAGGACCUGAUUGAGAAGACCCUCUAUCACCACGUCCACAGCUGUGACUCCUUCCAGCUCCGAUAUGCACACCACCUCUUGCUGGUUAAGGGUCAGGUGACCACUAAGUACUACAGGUUCCUGGCUAAGCACGGAGGGUGGGUUUGGGUGCAGAGCUAUGCCACCAUCGUCCACAACAGCCGCUCAUCCAGACCGCACUGCAUAGUCAGCGUCAACUACGUCCUGACGGAGACAGAGUACAAGGGCCUCCAGCUGUCCCUGGACCAGGUGACCCCCGGCAAGCCUCCCUUCCCCUUCAGCAGCAGCCUGGCCUGCGGACUGGCCGAGACCCGCAAGCCCCCCAAGCCCCGGGGCCCCCGGGCCAAGACCAAGGCCAGGCUUUCCCCCUACCCACAGUACGUCAGCUUCCAGGGGGAGCGUUCAGAGUCCGACCAGGGCAGCCCCUGGGGGGGGAGCCCCUGGGGGGGGAGCCCCCUCACAGACUCCCCCUCCCCUCAGCUGCUGGAGCAGGGGGAGGGGCUCGACGCCUCCUGUGCCUACCGACAGUUCUGCGAGCCACGCCCCCUCUGCUACAGCCUGCCUCUGUCGGACAAUCACCACGGCGACGGCCGGCUGCACACGCACGCCCACACGCAGACGUGCGAGCACGGGUGCUGCGAGGCGGGGCGCUACUUCCUGGGAGCGCCGCAGCCAGGCCGCGAGGCGUGGUGGGGCGCGGCCCGCUCCGUCCUGCAGCCGGGGCGCCCGACCGGGGAGACUGGAGAAGGGUACGAAGGCGCCGUGCCGACGCGCGUCGCCGCCGCCAACAGCCUGCUUGGCCGGGGCCACUGGGACGAAGACGGGGCCAUCAGCUCACCGGACGGCGGCUCGGCCAGCGACUCCGGCGACCGUUACCGCGGCGACCCCUUCCUCUCGAGCCCCCCGGAGCCGAGCAAGAUGGAGUCGCUGAUCCAGGCCACGCAGCGGAUGAUCAAGGACGAGGAGAAGCGCUCGCUGCUCCGCAAGCCCCCCCUGGCCCCCCCCGCCCCCCUGGGCCCCGCCAACGGCCUCCCCAAGCGACCCGGGUCCUGCUUCACCUCCGACUACCCCCAGGGGGCGCUGCAGGGAGGCGCGUGCAGGGGGCUGGGCCAGGUGGUAAGCCCCGCCCCCAGCCCCGCCCCCCUGUCCAGGCUGAGCAGCCCCGGGGCAGACUGCCUUCCCCAGCCCCCCUUGCCCCUGCACCACCCCCUGGGGCGCCCUGCGCCCUGCUCAUCCUCCCCCACCCCCGCCCCGGCCCUCUACUCCUCCCACCCCCACCCCCACCCGCGGCCCUACCUGGACAAGCACACCUACUCCCUGAGUGGUUACACACUGGAGCACCUGUACGACACCGAGAGUCUCCGCGGUUACUGCGCCACCGCUGCCACCCCCGGCUCCGCCCACUACGACGUGACAUCACACCUGCGCAUGCAGGCGGAGCAGGCGCCCGGACACAAGGCCACCUCCGUCAUCAUCACCAAUGGCAGCUAGCG